GCAGCCGAGCGGGGCAGGAGGAGGAGGCCACAAGAAGAAGAAGAGGACAAUGUGGCGUCUGUUCAACGAGCUGUGGGACGUGCUAGGAUCCGGGUUCUUCUCGUCCAGGUUCCUGUAACUCGAGUCAAGCCUUCUCGCCAGUCAAUCAAUCAAUCCGUCGUCGCAGCGGGAUCUGGUCAUCGCAUUGUGGGCGGGAGGAGAUGGACGACGAGGAUUACUCGUGGGUGCGGCGCUCGAGGUUCUCCCACUCCGUCGUGCGCUCCAACUCUGGCAGGGAGCAGUUCGGGGCCUUCAUCGAGCAGUUCAACCGCGGCGCCGCGCAGAGGCAGCGUGGGAGGGGAUCCGAUUCGGGGUUCAAGCUCCACGGCAUGAACUUGCAGCCGGCGACGACCACCAGAACCUCGGCCUCCACUCACUCCUCGGCGGCGAAUCCCCCUGCUGCCUCCACCAGCUCCUCGGCGACGAAUCCCCCUGCUGCCUCCACCAGCUCCUCGGCGGCGAAUCCCCCUGCUGCCUCCACCAGCUCGGCGUCGGCGAACCCCCCUAUUGCGAGAACAAGGUCGCUGGAUGCCAAGCCCAGCACGGAUCCAUCCUCCUCCUCAGGCAGCAAACCGACGGAGCACGGCAGCGAUCGUGGGAAAGAAGCGCUGGCAAAUGGGAGCAACGGAGUGCUUAAAGGGGCCAACCUCUUCGUCGACGUUUCAUGCGCACCCGAGGCUCUUCAGGUGCCCAAGGUCGACAGCCCUAGUCAACCUCUCGACUUCUCCUUCCACCCCGAUGAGCAGAGCAUGAGGCUGCAGCGGGUGUGCUCCAGCCCGUCCCCUUUCCCGGCCAGGGAAAUCCCGGCCUUCGACGCGCCGCUGCUGCCGCCGACACGCAGCUAUUCUCUAAAAGUCACCGGCGAGGAGCGCACGCCGAUGCUGAGGGCGAGAUCACCUCUCCCGAGCCGCCCCAUACCAGAGCUGUUCCAGGAGGCCAAGUCGGAGAGCAAGCGGUUCUCCACCCCGCCGCCGCGCCGGAAAUCUUUGUCUCCGACGCGAGGACCGCCUCCCGUUGCCGCUGCUGCUGCGCCAGUGAAGGCGCCGGGCAAGGUGAAGCACAAGAAGGAGCACUGGGACAACGCAAUGGCGAGGGCCGCCGCACUGAAGGUGCUCGAUAGAUGGACGGUCGAUCGCUCGAAGCUGCUCAUCGGGCCUAGGUUUGCCGCCGGGGCGCACAGCCGUUUGUUCAACGGGAUCUACAUGGAGGUGCCUGUUGCGGUCAAGUUCAUCAGACAGCCUGAUGAACAGGAGGAUGCAGAGUUGGCAUUGCAGCUCGAGAAGCAGUUCAACACGGAGAUCGCCACAUUGUCCCGCCUCCAGCAUCGCAACGUCAUUAAGCUGAUUGGAGCAUGCAGCAGUCCACCGGUCUUCUGCGUCAUCACCGAGUUCCUUCCUGGUGGUUCGUUGAGAGCAUUCUUGCACAAGCAAGAGCACAAAUCUCUGCCUCUAGAUAAGAUCAUUUCAGUUGGCUUGGACAUCGCAAACGGUAUGGCAUACAUCCACUCGCAGGGAGUUGUGCACCGAGACGUGAAACCAGAGAACAUCAUAUUCGACGCAGAAUGGUGCGCGAAGAUUGUUGAUUUCGGAAUAGCUUGUGAAGAAGCGUACUGUGACCCUCUGGCGAAUGAUCCUGGGACCUUCAGGUGGAUGGCCCCAGAGAUGAUGAAGCACAAACCCUAUGGUCGAAAGGUUGAUGUAUACAGCUUCGGCCUUAUCUUGUGGGAAAUGCUUACCGGCUCAGUGCCUUAUGAAGACUUGACUCCCUUCCAAGCAGCCUUCGCUGUUUUUGACAAGAAUGUGAGGCCGGCCAUUCCUAGUAGCUGCCCAGCAGCAUUACGGGUUUUGAUCGAACAAUGUUGGGCCUUGCAAGUAGAUAAAAGGCCUGAAUUCUUUCAAAUAGUUCAAUUAUUGGAGAAGUUUAAGAUGGUUCAGGAUAGAGAUGGAACACUUGACAACAUGCCAAGCUCAAACUGCCUGGAGACUCAUGAUCAUAAGAAAUGGCUAGCUAACUGGGUCCACAAGAUCAAGCACCAUCAUCAUGAUUUUUCUGGACCUCCACCACCAAAACUUCUGUAACUAAUCUUCUCUCUUCCACUCUGUUCUAGUCAGGGUAGUUUUCAGAAUGUAAUUAUAAAAAAAAAAUUGGUAUAUAACACAAAAUAGUCAGGGUAGUUUAGGCUUGGUUUUG